UCUCUGCAUCGAUCGUGUAGGAGAGCUCAAGUGUUUUUUUAGAGAAGUACAAGUCUGAUAAGACAAGACAGAAACGAAGAAGAAGAUGCAGAUCUUCGUUAAGACUUUGACUGGCAAGACCAUAACUCUCGAGGUCGAGAGUAGCGACACCAUCGACAACGUUAAAGCCAAGAUUCAGGACAAGGAAGGCAUCCCUCCUGAUCAGCAAAGAUUGAUUUUUGCUGGUAAACAAUUAGAAGAUGGGCGAACUCUUGCUGAUUACAAUAUCCAGAAGGAGUCGACGCUUCACUUGGUUUUGAGGCUCAGGGGAGGAACUAUGAUCAAGGUGAAGACUCUAACUGGAAAAGAAAUUGAAAUCGACAUUGAACCAAAUGAUACCAUUGAUAGGAUUAAGGAACGGGUUGAGGAGAAAGAGGGAAUUCCUCCAGUGCAGCAAAGGCUUAUUUAUGCUGGCAAGCAGCUUGGAGAUGAUAAGACAGCUCGUGACUACAAUAUUGAGGGUGGCUCUGUGCUUCAUCUUGUUCUUGCUCUGAGGGGUGGAUGUCUUUGAAUUGCACUCAUAACGGUAUAAAAAUCUACCUAUCCAAGCUUCUUCCAUACAAGUACAGCAUGGGGUUAUGAGAAUCCACAAUAAACAAGAUUGUUCAAUUAUCUUACACUACCUCCGCUUGCUGCUUUCUUAUGUUUUUGCAAGGUUAAACCAUUGCCUGUUUUACUUGUUCACUCGUGCCCACGUCACAUGUAUUUUUGAGCUUUUAACCAGUUGAUAUGCAUGUGCAUUUGUGGUGGCUGGACAUUCUGCCAAGAGCAUGGAGACACAAGUUCCCGCCGCUUAGGAUUGCUAACAAUAAAAAGUAUGUGUCCAGAUGACUAUCUUCCAUGAUGUCAUGUUGUAUCCAAUUUCUGAAACCUACUUCAACCAUUAGUAUUAUGAGCAA